GCGCGCUCCUCGGGGAGGUAAGCGCGCCCCGGGCCCCGCCGGGCUGCUCGGGAGCGCGCCCCGGGGCCCCGCCCCAUGUCCGUCCGUCCGGCAGACUCCGGACCCGGCCACCAGCACUAGCGGGCUCGUCCAUGCAAGGAUUUACGAAAGGUGCAGGUUUGGACAGAUUUGAAGACUGAUAUUAUGUGAACAGGAGCUGGAAAUAUGAUGAACAAAACCAUUGCUUCCUGCUCUCACAGAAAUUAAAGUUUAGAAGGAAGAUAAAACCAAACAAGUAACAAAGACCUGUUUGAGAUGUGGUGGUUUCAGCAAGGCCUCAGUUUCCUUCCUUCAGCCCUCGUAAUUUGGACGGCUGCUGCUUUCAUAUUUUCAUACAUUACUGCCAUAACUCUCCACCAUGUUGACCCUGUUUUGCCUUAUAUCAGCGACACUGGUACAGUCGCUCCAGAAAAAUGCUUGUUUGGGGCCAUGUUAAAUAUCGCCGCAGUUUUAUGCGUUGCUACUAUUUAUGUUCGUUAUAAGCAAGUUCAGGCUCUGAAUCCUGAAGAGAAUCGUAUCAUCAGAUUAAACAAGGCCGGCCUUGUACUUGGAUUACUGAGUUGUUUAGGACUUUCUAUUGUGGCAAACUUCCAGAAAACCACCUUUUUUGCUAUACAUGUAUGUGGAGCUGUGCUCACCUUUGGUAUGGGCUCAUUAUAUAUGUUUGUUCAGACCAUCCUUUCCUACCAAAUGCAGCCCAAAAUUCAUGGCAAACAAGUCUUCUGGAUCAGACUGCUGUUAGUUAUCUGGUGUGGAGUAAGUGCAUUUAGCAUGCUGACUUGCUCAUCACUUUUGUACCAUGGCAGUUUUGGCAUUGAUAUAGUAGAGAAGCUCCACUGGAGCCCAAAGGACAAAGGUUAUGUGCUUCACAUGAUCACUACUGCAGCAGAAUGGUCUAUGUCAUUUUCCUUCUUUGGUUUUUUCCUGACUUAUAUCCGUGAUUUUCAGAAAAUUUCUUUACGGGUGGAAGCCAAUUUACACGGAUUAACCCUCUAUGACACUGCUCCUUGCCCUAUUAACAAUGAACGAACACGGCUACUUCCCAGAGAUUUAUGAUGAAAGGAUAAACUACUUCUGUGGUGAUUAUAAUUCUCAGGGAUUGGGAAAAUGUUCAUGAAAGUUACUGAUUCUGCUCUGAAAUUUUCAACCAGUUAAUCAAGACUGACAGCGACAUUGAUGAAUACUGAUAAUCAAGAGACAUUAGUUAAGCCACUUGAUAAGUUGUUUUAAAGGACAUCAUCAAGAGGAUCAUGUAAAAAGAUUUAUGCCUAUACGUUUUUUAUCCCAGAAAAUAAAACCAAAGGACUACAGCACUGUAGAUUUUUUCUACUUUGUGUAAGAGAAACAGCCAGAAGUGCACCAAGCAGUCUGCAAAACCCAGCCUUUCACACCUUGUAAAUCAUCGUAAAGCAUGUUUUGUUUGGAGCACUUUUAUGAGAAGCAUUGUCCACGACCUCCUAAUCAACAUUGCUCAGCAGCUCCUUUAGAAUUGGGUUUUGAAGUAAUAGUUUUAUCAUAUUAAUAUAUUUCUUACAGUCUUUAUAAAAUUUCUUUCUUCUGGAAUCCACCUGUAAAGGGAAGCAGACCUGAAUUCACAUGAACGUUUUCAUUGCUUAAUCUUUGCACAAGAGAUUCUAUAGGUAUUAAUUUGAUUCCUGCCACAAGGCCGGAUAAUAUGCUAACUGGUCUGUCAUAUGUGCUUGCGAUCAUUUCGUGAAAUUUGUUCUCUGCUAUGAGAUUUUAAUCACUAAUGAAUAAGAGCAGUAGCUAUAGAUAAAUUUACUCCAAUCAUGUUUUACAUAAAAUGAGGGUUAGUGUUCACACACAAGACUGAGAAGUUUGUGAAUAACAGCAGAUAUGAUUAAUCUCAAAUAAAAGUCACCUCAAACCGCA